GGGCAAGAGGUCGGCCGAUGAGGAGUCCCUGGACGGAGAAGGGGCCGGCGGCGCGGACGCGGACGCGGACGCGGCGGACGAGAGCAGCGGCACAAAGAGGGCGGCGCAGAGCCCCCGCGCCGACGGCACCCCCGCGCCCGCCGGCCCGCAGGCGCCCUCCCCGCCGCAGGGCAGCCCCCAGGACCAGCACCACUUCCUCCGGUCCAGGGUCAGGCCGCAGAGCAAGAGGCCCAGGAAGGAGCCGCCCUGCGCCGUGGGGAGCGGCGCCGGCGGCUCAGGACCUCGCGGAAAAGGAGCUGAUGGUGGUGGAUCGUCAUCUGGAAACGUGCCUGGGGUCGGCCCCACUGCCGCUGCAGGGGGCUCGCGCGCCUCCUCCCGGAGCUUAGGGUCCUCAGGUGGCGAGAAGGAAGAGGGCAAGAAGGCGCGGCGGCAGUGGGAGUCCUGGAGCACCGAGGACAAGAACACCUUCUUCGAGGGGCUGUACGAGCACGGCAAGGACUUUGAAGCGAUUCAGAACAACAUCGCCCUGAAGUACAAGAAGAAAGGCAAGCCGGCGAGCAUGGUGAAGAACAAGGAGCAGGUGCGCCACUUCUACUACCGCACCUGGCACAAGCUCACCAAGUACAUCGACUUCGACCACGUGCGCAAGAAGAUCGGGGGCUGUAUGGACGACAAGAACGCUGCCAAGUUGAACGAGCUCAUCCAGGUGGGAGCCACCACAGUGCGCCACAGAGGCCGGAACCUGCGGGUCAAGGCGCCGAUGUGCCGGGCCCUGAGGAAGCUCUGCGACCCCGACGGUCUGAGUGACGAGGAAGACCAGAAGCCCGUGCGCCUGCCCCUGCGGGUCCCAGUGGAGCUACAGCCACGGAACAACCACGCCUGGGCCCGUGUGCAGAGCCUUGCCCAGAACCCACGCCUCAGGAUGAUCGUGGAGCUGCACCGCAAGGUCUCCAGCCUCAUCGAGUUCCUGAAGCAGAAGUGGGCGCUCCACGAGGUGCGGAUUCGGAAGGCCCUGGAAGAGCAGCAGCCGCAGGACGUGCGUGCCACGCCCCCGCAGGAGAAGGCCACCCUGCACCUGUUCCCGGGCGAGAACUGCACGCUGACGCCGCUGCCAGGCGUGGCCCGCGUGGUGCACUCCAAGGCCUUCUGCACAGUGCACUGGCAGGAGGGCGGGCGCUGCCGGCAGAGUGCCAAGGACGCCUACGCGCUGCCCCCAGCCCAGAUCCUGGGCAUCCAGAGUGCGCAGGGCACGGCCCGGGGCCAGGUGAAGUGCCCGCGGGGCGGCCCUGAGGGCAAGGGCGGGGGGCGGCCACCUCCUGCUGCCGACAGCUCACCCAGCUCUGGAGAGAGCCCCGCCGAGGGUGCCCCCGGGGGAGGCGCUGCCCUGAGCCUGAGCAGCCCGGACACUCCUGACAGGCCUCCCCCAGGGCUCCAGGACGCCGCGCCUCGUCUGGAGAGGACCCUUGCCGCGGCUCCAGCAGAGGGCGGGGAGGGCCUCAGCCAUGAGCCAGGGGCCCUGCCGCCUGCCUGCAGCCAGCCCCCCGACCUGGAGGACGAGCUCUCUCUCCUCGACCCCUUGCCCCGCUAUCUGAAGUCCUGUCAGGACCUCAUCGUCCCCGAGCAGUGCCACCGUGCCGCUGACACGUGGUCCGGGAGAGAGCACCCCCCUCCCAGCAGGGCGGCCUCCCCGGAGGCUCUCGGCUCUGGCAGUCAAGAGGCUUCCACCCUUGUCCCUCCUGUCCCAGACCUAAGGCCCAGCGCUGGUCCUGGGCUCCUGCCAGAUGUUUGCACUAAGGACCUGGUGGAUGCACCCGCUGAGGAGCCCCAGGAGGCGGGGAGCCCCUCGGCGCCCCUCCUGCCUCAGGGACAGCCUGCCUCCAGGCCCCCAAAGGAGGCCCCGCCUGGCCGGCUGGCACAGCAGCUCCGCGAGGAGGGCUGGAACCUGCAGACCUCCGAGAGCCUCACGCUGGCCGAGGUCUACCUCAUGAUGGGCAAGCCCAGCAAGCUGCAGCUGGAGUGGGACUGGCUGGCCGCUCUGGGUCCCGAGAGCCAGGCCCCCGGCGGGCAGGACCCACGGCCCCGGCCCGGCCCCACGCAUGCCGCCUUCCACGAGCAGCGCCUGCUCAGCUGCCUCCUGAGGCUCAUCUCCACCGAGGUCAACCCCAGGCCGGCCCCAGAAGCAAAUGCCGUGUCCACAGCCUCCAUGAGGCCCACCCAGGAGGAGCAGGCUACGUCCUCCCCCGGGAAGGUGGUUACGGUCAGCUCCCGGAGCCCACGCUGCCCCCGCAACCAGUCUGCCCUCCGCAGCGGCAAGACCUUCACGCCCAGCUGUGCACCUUGCUCCUCAGGUUUGAGAAACCCUCCCGGACCCCUCUUGGUGGCCAGUCCCCCCAGCGCAGGGAGCAGCGACACUGAUGGUGGCCUUUUCGCUGUCCCAACGACGUUGCCACCCAACAGCCGGCACGGGAAGCUCUUCUCUCCCAGCAAAGAGGCCGAGCUGGCUUUCCGGCAGCACCUGACCUCCAUCAGCAUGCAGUCAGAUUUCUUCUUGCCAAAGCCCAGGAAAUUGAGGAACCGGCACCUGAGGAAGCCUUUGGUGGUCCAGAGAACGCUGCUUCCCCGGCCGUCUGAGAGCCAGCUCCACAGCGUCUGCCCCUUCUCCGUCCUGUCGAACUCCGCCAUCACUGGGAGAGGCUCUCUCCGACCCAUCCAGUCUUCUCUGACCAAAGCAGCUUUGUCCCGGCCGAUCGUGCCUAAGGUCCUUCCAGCGCAGGCUCCGAGCCACCUGGCCAGCGCCAUCGACCUGGCAGCUAAAAGUGCCGGCAUCAUCCCAGGGAGCCCCCUCCCUGCCUUGGACCCCGAGGGCCUGCCUGGCAACUCUCCACUGCCUUCCGACGAGGUGGCAGCCGCCUCGGGUCAGGACUCCACCGAAACCCACAUGGAGGGAGACCCCGUCCCCGCUGUGGGGGGUGCCAGCGAGCCAUUCGCCAGCCUUUCCGUGGGGCCUGCGCGGGAGCCUGUGCCCGACAACCUCCAGGUCCCCUCCGUUCUCGCUGUCCCUGAGCUGCCCAAGACCCCACUCCAGAACGGCACGCCUGCCCCUCCGACCCCACCCGAGGGCUCCCGCCCGCGCCUGUCCCCGCCCAACGUCUCUGCCCUGCUGGACCUCUCCCUGCCCGGCCCUCCCGAGGACGUGCUCUCGCAGGGCGAGCCCGCCACGCAGAUCAGCGACUCCAUCAUCGAGCUCGCCAUCAGCUCCGGCCACUACGGUGAAGGAGUCCCUCUCUCGCCAGCCAAGCUGAACGGCAGUGACAGCUCUAAGAGCCUGCCCUCCCCAUCGGACAGCCCCCAGCCACACUGGAUUGCCUCCCCCACCCAUGACCCCCAGUGGUACCCCAGCGACUCCACAGACUCCUCGCUCAGCAGCUUGUUCGCGAGCUUCAUCUCCCCAGAGAAGAGCCGGAAGACGCUGCCAACGCCCGCUGGGGCUCCCAGCGGCACCUCUCUGCUGGGCCCCAGCUUGCUGGAUGGGAACUCACGGGACUCCUUUGUGUCCAGGUCCCUGGCCGAUGUCGCGGAGGUCGUGGACUCGCAGCUGGUGUGCAUGAUGAACGAGAGCAGCAUCGACUACAUCUCGCGGUUCAACGACCUGGCCCAGGAGCUGGCCCUCGCCGAGCCUGGCCGCCGAGAGGUCCUGUUUGACGGCGGCGGAGGCGGCCCUUCCGUUGGAGACCUGUCCCAGUGACCGCGCUCACGGCAGGGGCCGAGGGGCCUUCUGAGGCCAGGAGUCUCGUCUGUGGUGGGGAAGGCCUCCUUGAGAGAACAGAGCAGGAGCGGGACCCCGAAGACAGCCCGAGCAGAGGGCCGCGCCCGGGAGCGCGCUGCGUGGGAUGGCGUCGGGUCCUGCUGAGCGAGGGUGGUCCGGCUUGGGAGAAGAGGCGCCCUCAGAAAGGGUGGACGUGGAGCAGUUCCCCGCCAGUCCUACGGCCAUUUUGGGGGCUGCGUGCAAAGCCUCCUGCUCCACCCUGACUGCCACGCUGGACCUCCAGUGGAGGGGGCGUGCGUGCCUUGCCGUGGUCGUCACAGUCAGUGAAGCCUUGGCCUCCUUCUGUGGGAGGUUCCAGGGCAUCCUGCUUUUGGCCAGACCUGUGCCCACCUGGGUCACUCUGAGUGACCCAGGGGAGGACAGGUACGAGGCCCCUGCCUAAUCGUGUCUGCACCUUGAGACAGCGGACACUUCAGAGGACACUACUCGCUGGGCACCAGAAGGGCAGGCCCAGGGCAGAUGGUGCCCCCGCCCCGGAGUGCUGGACAUCUAGCUCUUGCCAUCGGAGGUCUUCCCUGCCUCCCUCGCCAGGAGACUUGUGUCCUGGGCAGGGUGUGGACUGUGGUUUUGAUCCUGCUCGGGUCUCGUGUCUGCGGUGAGGGGUGCGGUGGGGCAGGCGGGGCCUGUGGCCAUCCGUGUUUCCUCUGGGGCGUCUCGGACAGCACUCCUCUCUGCCAGGCAUAGCCCCACGCUAGCGUGGUCAGGGUGAGGCUGCUCGUCUGCUCUGGGGUUCGCCAUGUGCCGCUGUGUGGCGUCGGAGGCUCCCUGCCGUUACAGGGAACGUCCCCGACUCUGCCUGGCACAGUGUGAGUGCAGAGCACGCCCAGUGCAGGCCUGUGUUCCUCAAGCACAUUUGCCCCGUCGCCUGCUGCUUCUCUUCCCGUCCAGGGAGCCCAGGCUGGGCUCAGAGUCCCAAGUGUGGUCAGAGCUCACCGAGCCCGGACCUAUGGGCAGGAUCCCUCUCGAGCCCCCCAGGUGCCCGUUGUUACCGCGGGGGGAGCCAGCAGGGGCUUCUCUGCCUCCUCGGGCCUGCAGUCCGUGUGUACUCGUCACCAUCCAGCCCCCAGUGCGGCCACAGGUUGCCCGUGCCAUGCCACUGUCUCGUCUCUUCCCUCGACCUGGCAGCCGGAAUAGAUGGGUCUUUCUAACCCACCCGAGCGGGGAGCGGCAGCCCUUAGGGCCAGCUCCAGCCCGCUCCACCGGCUUUUCCGUCCACAGCACGGAGAGAGGAGGAAAGGCCUCGGCACUCAUGAGCAGGGCUCUGAGCCUGUAGUCCUCCCAGCCGGCCGCGGCCAGCGGCGGGAUGGAGAGGACGUGGGCUUCCGGGCAGCAGCAUCCCUCCACCCUGGCUGUCGUAAGCCUGUCCCUGGGAGAUUGCUCUCCUCGCCCCUCCUCUCCGAGUUGUGUACCCGUGACAGUGUGGGCAGUACGCGCUCGGGAGAGUCAGGCGCCCUCAACAGGGACUCGCGAUUCCUUUUCCCCAGCUUCUCAGGGUCAUGGCACCCACACGCACGCCCCACACGUUUUCGGGCUGCCUUUGGGGACCCACCCCUCCGUCAACCAUACGACUUUCAGUGCCGCCUCCCGGCGUGACUGCCUGUGCCAGGCCAGCUGACCCCCAGACUUGAUGCCUGGUCUUGAGAAAACAGUCCCAAGCUCCAGAGGCCUGAGUGCGUGCCGCAGUGUGGGAGCCCUCGUGUCUGAGCUGGCUGGUGCAGUGUGCCCGCCCUGUCAGCUUCCUCGGAUUAGCUUCUCCUGACCCUCGCCCCAGGUUUCUGACUGCCGGGACCAGAGAGGUUAGGACACCAAGCCACCCUCCCUCCCUCCCUCCCCUCCCCUAGGAUGCCAGCCCACAGCACGGCACGAUGCGGGACAGGCCUGGUGGCAGUGCUCUUCGUGCCAGGCGCAGCCAGGCUCCAAGUCCUGCCCAUCAGGGGCCCCCAGUGCAGUGACAGCUACAUGGGACAAGGCACCAGAAAGGAGGGUUGGCUCUCACGGGCUCUUCGUUCAGCAGCGUCUCCCACUUGGCUCUCUGGCAUCGAUGUUGGGGACAGGGACUACAGCCCUGUGGUAGGGAGGAGAGCACCCUGGCCUGGCGCUCCCAGAAGGCUCCAGGAGUCCAGGGGGUUGUGACACUUCACCAGCCGGCAGGUGCACAUCCUCUGCUCACUGUCUUUAGGGGAAAGGGUCUCACUUGUAGCCAAAACACAAUAGCUGCAUUUUCUCCCAGCCUAAAUGAGUGUUUAUGUGUAAAAAUAGGCACCUCUUAAAGGCUGGGGUUUUCAAGAGACCGAAGCAGAGGCCUCUGCCUCCCUGCAUUGUCUGGGCCUUUCCACCUGAAGAUGUGAAUCUUAGUACCAACCUGCGCUUCCCUUGUACAUUGAGCCUUCUGUGCUAGAGAUGAGUCCGUAGGAAAGCCCUUCCCUGGUCCUUCCAGUGUCGUCUGCGUCCCUUCUUGCUGGUGCAUCUUACCUAAAACAGACCAAGCAAGGAAGUCGGUGUUGGGCUCAGGCCUGGUGAAUUUGCAGUCCGUCCAGUAGAAGACAGCGGGGUGCAUGGAGGUUGUUCUCACCCUGUGUCUCAGAGGUGGAGAGCACUUGUUCAGGGAUGGGGGUCUUUGGGGGAUUUUCUUCAGUUACUCUUGCUAUCCUGCACCUCCAAGACCUUGUUAGCAGGCCGGUUCUGAGGCUUUCGUGGCCUGCUGGCGGGCUUAGGCCUCAUAGCUUAACUAGAUCACUGCGUGAGAGCAGGCUUGUUCUGCAGAGAGGCAGCAUGGGACACCAGACAUUGGGAUCCAGCAGGUGCAUUCAGUGAGGAAAUGCAGCAGUUCGUCUUCAGGAAAAAAAAAAAAGAAACCCACAGCAGACUUUACCCGGUGUCAGAGCUGGUGGGAUCCAGGAAACGCGGUCAGGUGAAGCGGGUGGGUGUUGCAGACAGCACCGGCUCGGCCAGCACAGCUGACUGCAGGCUCGGCAGCAAACCUGGCUGCGGGCACCUUUGCUAAUCUUUAAGCCAUAUCAUCUGAGGUUUUCGGCUCGUCUGAGAGGUGAACUUGUUUUAUAGAUUAUAAAUAUACAGAUACAGUGUAUGUAUAAAGCAGAAUGCCUGUCCUUCCUGGUUAUUUUUUGUACCAUAUUGUAAAUUAUAUUAUUUAUUCUUUACCAACUUUGGGAAUAAAAAGGUGUUUUGGUUAUUUAAUAUAAUAAACAAAAGCUGUUAAACUUCUGUUUAAAUUUCUAGUUCCACUUG